AUCACAUGUCGUGCUUCAGGAAGUUGCCCUUACUGUAGGCCAUUCCAGCGCUAAAACGAUCGUGAUUCAGUAACACCUUCUUGCCUAUGAGGCUCAGCACUCAUCCUAAAACUGCGGGAUGCUGGGAGCUCUCAGAAGAAAGUGGAAACCGAAGAAUAGAGCGAGCACUUCGUUGGUGGAGGAGACUGUAGAGGAGUAUGGAGAGACUUAUAGAGGAAGCAGAAGCUCAGGGCUCGCAGGGCUUCCUUCGACGCCUCCACCCCCGUCUCCACCACCCCCACAGGGUCAAUUGGGCUCAGCGGGAUCCGGGCAGGCGAGCCCUUGCUCCACCUCCUCCAGACAGAUCAAAGACAAGUCAUCCUGAAUUCAGUCCAAAGGAAUUUGUCUUCACUGUCAGGUCCUCUGUAGCCAGCAGACUUGGGUUUAGUCGUCGAGGACAACCAGGGGUUUUGAAACACGAGAGAAAGAGCCUGAGAACAGAGGCAGUUCCUCGACCUCAAACCCAGUCCGGCGUGAUUCACUCCACAAUGAUGCCCAACAUUACCGUGAAUAAGGGAGAGAUCGCGUUCGUGAAGAAUUCUCCGUCGUGCCAACCGCCCCCUGAGCCUCAACCUCGACUUGAGAGGAGAGAUUCUGGCAAGCUGGAACUGGAGAUGAGGGUACGGGCAUUGGAAAGAGCACUUCGGGAAGAGAAGCUGAAAAGGAAACGGGCCUCAGGAAUUUCUCGUGGGCCCGGGAUAGAAUCUCGAUUGGAGAAGCUGAGCAAGGAGCAUGCUGUUUGUAAGCCAGAGAAAGAAACCCUUCUCCUUGAAGUCAAAAGACUAGAGACUUUGGUGGAAGACCUUCGUGUAGAUUCCAGCACCCUGCAACAGUGUAAAGAGGAUUUGGAGAGGUUUUCAGCAGAGUUGGAAGGAACCAGAAGUGAGAAUAAGGAGCUUCAGACUCAUAUGGAUUUAUUGAAGGAGAAGCAUGAGGAAGAUGCAAAUAUGCGGGAAGUUCUCUUAGCACAGAUCAAGAGCCUGGAGAAUGAGAGAGACUCCCUGAGGGCUGAAUUGGAAGCAACACGAGCUCAAUAUGACAAGUGCUUGGAUGAUGUGGCUCAGCAGGUGGUUCAAGCAUUGCUUCUUCAGAAGUCCUUGCAAGAGGAAGUGAGUCACCUUCAGGUGAAAGUUGCUGACUUAGAAGGGGAAGAAGUGAAGGAUCUUGAAAGGAAUUCUAUCAGUCCAGUAGGUGAAUCAGCUUUGUGCAGAGAUUCUAUUCCAUUCGUUCUUCCCCAUUCUUCCACAAGUGCCACAUCUGUCAAUACCUCAGGGAUCCCUGUGACAGAUCAGAAGCUGUCCAGGAGUAAAUUGCCUUGUCCAACCAGGAAAGUGAUUCCUAGCACCUUUCUUGCCAGUGGGGGUUCUUCUGUCCAUUCCAAGUGCAGUUUGUUCCUUCCAACUCUUCAACAGGUGACAGAAGGGAAGGAGAUACAUGUCCCAGUUUGUGAUGGGAGUGGAAUCCCAAGGUGCACCCAACUGCUUCUUGGUCGAGGUCUUCUUCCCACUUGUACCCCUACCCCUGUAUCAGUAUCUGUGUCCACAUCUCACCCCCUUCUGGAGUCUUCCAACAAUCUUAUCACUACUCAGGCAUGGACAGGUCAACAGCCUUCCUACAAGGCCAGUUCUGAAACAGAAGCAAAGUCUAAAGGGUCUUGUGUGAUCCCUGCACCUGGCCACAAGCUGGAGUUUCAAGCUAAGCUAAACUUUUGGCAGAAAGUUGACUGCAAAAGGGACAUGAAGAAAUCAAGAUUGACUGAAGACAUAAGUCUGGGAGAAUCCUGCAUACAGUCUGAAACUGUCACUCCUCCUGCCUCUCGCAGCUUUUUUCAUUCCUCUGGUGUAGGUGUGAAGCCCUCCUCAUCGAAAACCCUGCGAAAGGUGUCUUUCGAUUCCAAGGCUUCCAAGUCUUCUGAUGUUCAUUGUGACCCUGCCUUGAAAAGUGAAGAGGUGAAUGUUGAGAGUCCAUCAUUGACCGAGAAUAGCAAUCGAGAUGAAGGUUAUUCCACAAUGUCUAGUGAUGCUCCAACAGAUGGAAGAGAUUGCAGUGACCAUUCAGAUCUUGGUCCAGACCAAAAUCGAUCUCCUGCCGAGGCCACCUGCAAGUCUUGGUGCUGUAAAAGUGAAUCUGAAGUCAUGCUGGGAAAACAGGGGGAAAUGAGUGAAGAUAAAUGUGGCAAAGGGAGCUCUGUUCCAUUGCUGGUACCUGAAGUGACUCCAUUCCAGAGUGACAAUGCUUAUUCCAUUCAUGCUGUUCAAGUGUUAUACAAGCCUUUGAUUCAUUCAUGGCUUUCAGAUGACUUGGGGGUAACCACACCACAUUCUGUCUGCACAUCUUCCACUACAUCCUCAGUGAAGACAGAAAUCUUCCACCCCAGGCAUGAGAGAACUACUGAGUUAAAGUCCUAUUUAGAUGUGGGCCCCACUGUGGAGCUGGUCAAUGAUUUGAAAGUGGAGGACUUGGACAUCUUCUACAUUCCAUUAUUGUCCAAGAGGAGCCCUGAAUUCCGAUUCAGUUAUCCUGUGACCAUGGUGAAACCUUCUCUACCCCUGCAUUGCAGAAGUCAUUCACAUCCACAUCUGACUGGCAUCAGUGCCCCUGAAUCCCUUCAGGGUCCUGAACAUUCUAUGUCAGAUCUUAACAUCCCCCCCAAACUACUCCCCAACCCUGCAUGUUCCCAUCCAUUGAGGAGGAGCAAAGCCAAGAACAGUCUCAGGCAGUUUCUCUAUGAGAGCUGGAGUUCUUUGUCUGCUGAAGACUUGAGGUUGGAUGAAAGAAAGAGAUGGAGCAGUGAAUCCCCAACACCAGCUCCUUGUGGUCUCAAUUAUGUCUGUGAUUCUCAUUGCUACAAUGAAUCUGAGCUUGAAGAGUGGAGUCUUCAUUUGUCAAAUGAAGAUAUGCCAUCAGGAUCAGACAUUUCUGACUUGAGUGUUCCUCGUGGCCUGUAUGAAAGGAGCCCACCCUCCAUUGUCAUUGAAGGUGAAGAACAGUCAUGGUUGUCAAAGUUACAUCCUACAGGUGGACAUGGACAUUAUAUCUCUUUUCCAGAUUGGGAUCAGUACUCCUUCUAUGACUAUGAGCCCAAUGCUUCUUGUGAUUCUGAGUGGAAUCUACCCCCAAAAGCCACAACAGACAUCAAUUCUCCUGAGCUUGAGAACAUCCCUUCCUCCUUGGAAGAAACCAUGUCAGAUCUGGAUACAGAGGUUCCUUGCCUGGAGAUGGAUUUCAAGCGAGAUUUCUAUAGGUUGAUCACAUUUGAGAGCAACAAGAGCCUUUCUUCAUCUCUAAAGAGCUUGGCCCUCUCAGAAGUUGGAUCCCUCCUUCAUUACGAGUCUAGUCAAGAUGAUGGUGAUAUCCCACCUCCAGAUCGAGAGGUGGCACUUGCUUCUGUUCUCAAGUUCAUUGCUGAGCAACAACAUUAUUGCCAUGCUCGAGAGAGGGAGCUGGAUGAUCCACACUUCUCGAGUGUGGAAUCCCAGACCUCAGAGGGUAACACUUCUCUUCAAAAGCUUGUGACUGUGAGAGAGAUGUUGGAAGAGUUGAAAAAACUUGGUAACUCAGAUGAUGUAGGUGAUGAAGAUCAGGAGAGAAUGGGUCAACCUGAAGACCUAGAUUCAGCAUGCCAGGAGACUUCCUGGGUCCAUCUUCAUCCUCCUUCUGACCUCACUGAUCCUCAGACAAGAGCAAACUUGCUUGAUGCAAUGGUCUUCACUAGCAGUGAUGACAUGGAAACAGAUACAGAAAAUGACUUCUCUGAGCACCAGCAGCUGAGAAGGAUGCAUCAGCAAAGGAGACAUAGGAAAUGGAUCAUGAGAGAGGGUGAUGGUCUUGUUCGCAUACUUACUGCACAGAGGCCUUCAAUCUUAGAUCGUCCUUCUCUGUUUUUCCGUUAUGGAAUGCAAGAGGAAGAGGCACUGAAGAGCUUUAAUUUCUUGGAUGAAUAUCCAUCACCAGAAAAGGGUGAUGCUGGUUCUGACUCUCCUCAUUCCCACAUGCUUGAUGUGGAUUCUGAUGGGGAGCCAGAUGCCAUUGAUGCUGUUGGGAUUUCCCUCAGUGACUCAUGUGCUUCCAGUUUCUCAGAUUCAUCUGCUGAGAGAUGGGAAAGCACCAUGGCUGAUAGACCCUCUCCUAAUGGAUGAUACAGCCAACUGUGAUGGAUGUCAUUUGCAAAUAAGAGCCCUUCCCAUCUCAAAUGUAGAGCCAUCAUAGUUGACUGCCUCUAUUAUAAAUUUUUGGUUAGAGCUGCACCACCUUGGAUGAAGGAGAAGAUGAGACUCAUGACUCAAUGAAAGUUGAAUAUUGCAACAGUUUGUCUUAUUGUGAUGUAGUUCCAUCAGGGAAAAAUCAAUACUGAAAAUGACUAGCACUAAAUUUUCUAAGUGUUUGCAUAAGACAUCAAGAGCCUUUAAUCUAAUAUUCAUAGUCAAGAGACAUGGCGAAUUUUGCAUCAGAUAAUCAACUUGCAUAAUACAUUAGAAUGAAGGUCCAAAUUGAUGCAUAAUGCACUCAAUUUCUCGUUUGGUAUUCACUCUCAGUUGGUAGAAGCAUAAACCUUUGGAGUGUCUACCUCUGAAAUCCUCAGUGAGCUCGUGGUGGCCUGCUCUCUUCCACUCCAAGGAUAGAGUUAUGAGAAUAUACUUCAUGUGAAGUAAGAUGUUGAUGAGGUAGUCAACACGAAGUCCAAAUCGUAGUAUUGUGCUGCAUAAAUAUUUUCUUCCAAGGAGAUGCCUCAGGGCUUGAUGAGGUAUGCCAGCAGAACUACAAUAGGUGCUGAUGGAUGUAUGUUCACUUGUAUGAAUUUCAGAACAUUCAAACCUUGCCCAACCUCUAGCAAAUUCUCUCAUGAUUGACUUCAAUGCAAAAAAUUAUUCUGCAUCUUCAAUUCAUAGCAGUCAGGUUUUGCAACUUGAGAAAAAACAUGAAAAUGGUAUUAAGCUUGCCCUUAUGUUACUGCCUGAUGUGAUUUCAGCAUUUUAUGAUGUAGGAACUUCUUUUGCACUUUUUACCGUUUUGUGAUCUUAGCUCAUAUUACAACUGGUGCAACCCAGGAGCACCAAACGCUUACAAGUGGGAAUAGUUUUUCAUAAAAAUUUUCUAACUAAUGGAUCUAAUUGUUAUGGUAGGUAUACCGUGUAGCCCUGCCACUAACAUUUGUUAUAUUGCCAUUUGCCUGUGUGGGAGUUAUGAGCGAGUUCUCACUGGCUUGGAAGAGCAGAAUGUACUGUAGAGGUGAUUUGUCCGAGAAAGAAAAAUAAAAAUGAACAAAAGA